AAAAAAUUCCCUAAAAUUUCUGCCGAGUUUUUCUUUUCAGAUGAUUUUCUUCUUUGCUAAAAAAUGGAGUCCAAAACCCUAACGAUCAUCGAAGCUGGAAAACAGCUGCUCUCCAUGUUCAACUCUCAUCGGGAAAUGUUUCAACCCGUUAAAGCAUUUCAAUUUUUCUUGGUUCUGUCAUGUACCCUUUUUUGCUUAAUUACGUGUGAACCAUGUGCUGUGAAUGGGAUGCCAAAAACAGACGAACUCGAGGGGUGUGAAAAAUAUGGAGAUACUCAAUAUGUUGAUUUUCAAGGAACUAUUAUCAGUGAUUCACAUCCGGGCUAUGAUGCAGGAACUUCUGUGACACGCUUAAGUGCUGAGAGUGUGUGCACCAAUUCUUAUUUGUUCUGUUUUCCUUCUACAUUGCCUGGAUUUUUUACUGAAGAAACCUCAAUUGAAGUAGGUGGUUUAGAAGUUUCUAGGGCCCAGUCUGAUAGUGUUUCAUCUUAUUUAGAACAAAGUAACCUUAGGAGGCAGGCAAGUAGCAGAAGUUGGUUGUCUAACCAUGGUAUGUUUAAAUUAUUAAAUGACCAGACAGUUUCAUGUUCUUUAUAUUCAAGUGACGGUACCCAUGAGUUUUUGUCAAUUCAUACCGAUGUUGCUAAUCAAAAUGAUAUUUCUUCAUGUAGACAACCUUUACUAAGUCAGAAGAGUAGAAGUAUUAGGAUGAAAAAGAACAAAGAGGUGACAAAAUUAGGUUCUUUUGACGGUUUAUCUUCACCUAAUGUAGAGAUAAAUCCUCCUAUAUUGGAUUGGGGCCGGAAAUUUUUAUUUUUCCCAUCAGUGGCUUACUUGACAGUAGCAAAUAAAUGCAACAAUAGCGGUUUAAGCAUUCAUGAACCAUUCAGUACCAAUAAACAGUUCUAUCCCUGCAAUUUUAGUGAGAUUUUGCUUGGACCUGGUGAAGUAGCUUCUAUAUGUUUUGUUUUUUUACCUAGAUGGGUGGGCUUGUCAUCAGCUCACCUUAUCUUGCAGACAAGCUCUGGUGGUUUCCUGGUUCAGGCUAAGGGGUUCGCUGUCGAGUCCCCUUAUGAAAUUCAACCAUUAGUGAGCCUGGAUAUUCCUUCUAGUGGGCAGUUGAGUAAGAACUUUUCUUUGUUCAAUCCUUUUGAUGAAACCCUCUAUGUGGAAGAAUUAACUUCAUGGAUGUCAGUUUCUCUUGGGAACUCUACCCAUCAUACUGAAGCUGUUUGUAGUAUAGAAAACUUCAAGGGUAAUAAUGGGGAAAUCUCACUUGGUGCUGAAGAUUGGUUGGUCAUGAACAGUGGUAAAUAUGAUCUUCCACUUAUGUUUAUGAGGCCAAGCAGGAAGUGGGAGAUUAAUCCUCAAAGCAGUGAGACCAUCAUAGAGAUUGAUUUAUCUCUCGAGUCAAAAGGAAAAGUCUUUGGUGCUUUCUGCAUGCAGUUGCAGAGGUCUUCUCAAGACUUGCCUGAUAUAGUUAUGGUUCCUCUUGAAGUUGAUUUGGGUAGGAAAACAUCCUAUGAUGACCCUGCAAGUUCUCUUUCAGUUUCUCUUGAAGCUCUGGUGCCGUAUGAUGGCAGUGAAACUGUUUCUGUUGCCAUUUCUUUGAAAAAUUCUGCUCCUUAUGUGCUGAGUUUUAUUAAGAUUGAUGAAGAUGCAGAUGCCAAAGUUUUCCAUAUCAAAUACAUGGAAGGGUUGCUGCUCUACCCGAGUGCUGUUACACAGAUUGCUGCAAUUGCUUGCACUGAACUACCGGUUGAAAUUCCUGAUUCUUCUUCUGAAGUAUCCAGUAUGAUCAACAAUUGUAAAUUGCAUUUAAUGACAAAUGAGUCUAUUAGCCCUCAGAUUGAUGUCCCUUGUGAGGAUAUAAUCCAUAUUUGUGUGGAAUAUCAGAAAAAUUUAUCCAUGGCAAAUGAACAUCAGUCUUAUAAGGUUAAAACUGGCAACACAAGGACAGGAUCCUUGAGUGAGGGCAUGCAACUAGCUUUUCGGGCACAGGUAUUGCAGACAGCAGAAGUGGAUGAAUUGGUACUUGGCAACUGGAAAUCUCAGGGUACCACAGGUGGCAUGUCAGUGCUUGGGGAUCACGAGGUUCUGUUUCCAAUGGUUCAAGUUGGUAGUCAAUGCUCCAAGUGGAUCACUGUGAAAAAUCCUAGCACACAGCCAGUUGUAAUGCAGCUCAUUCUUAACUCGGGAGAAAUCGUUGAUGAAUGUAGGAGCGAAGAUGUGUUUACGAUGCCCCCUUCUGGUAGCUUGGCUCACAAUUCAUCUACAAUACCAAUGAGACAUGGGUUCUCCAUUGGUGAGAAUGCAACGAUAGAGGCCUUUGUUCAUCCUAAUGAUAGAGCAUCUUUUGGGCCGAUAUUGUUUCACCCUUCAAAUCGAUGUGGGUGGACAAGUUCUGCACUGAUAAGGAACAACCUUUCUGGUGUUGAGUGGUUAUCUUUGAGGGGAUAUGGUGGGUCUAUUGCUCUAGUCUUGUUUGAGGGUUCAGCGCCCAUCGAGAGUGUAGAAUUUAACCUUAGUUUGCCAACUUCUCUAAACAUCUCUUCUCCACAAAUGUUUUUUCACAUUGAAGAGACUACUUAUGCAUGUUCUCGGCCAUUAUCAAAAGAGCUUUAUGCCAAGAAUACCGGAGAUUUGCCACUUGAGGUAAGAAGCAUUGAGGUUUCUGGGACAGAGGGUGUAGUUGAUGGUUUUACAGUGCAUAGUUGUAAAGGUUUCUUUCUUGAACCUGGAGAGUCAACAAAGCUUUUGAUAUCAUACCAGCCGGAUUUUUCAGCAGCUUUGGUACAUAGAGAUCUUGAACUGGCUUCGGCUACAGGCAUAUUUGUCAUACCCAUGAAAGCAACGCUGCCUCUGCAUAUGCUUAAUCUUUGUAGGAAAUCAGUGUUCUGGAUGCGGCUAAAGAGACUCUGUUGCGCGAUUCUUGUCUCUGCUUCAUUGUUUCUCAUAUUCUGUUUCAUUUUUCACCAAGCAAUGACCAUGGGUUCCCAAUAUUACUUUUACAAGAGUGAGAAGAACCGGAUCAGUACAAUCCAGGCUGGAGGAGAAUCUUCUUUCGUCAAUUGCAAUCAGAGAAACGGUAAGUUCUCUAUGUCAGCUGCAAUGGACAGUUUGUUAAGUUCAGUUGAGGAUACUAAAUCUUUGAAGGAGCCAUCUCAUGGUAGAUUCCCAGAUGGCCAUGUUAGGGGAAACGAAGAGCGGUUAACUAAUCAGAAUGCAAAACUAACUUCUGCAAAUGAUAGGGAUGUUAACAGUUUCUUAGAACCUCGGAGGGAAGUUUCAUUGUCAUCUUUGCCCUCAAAAUCUGUGGUGGCUGAAAAUCCUGAUCCAAAGGAAGCACCUCAAACUGGUAAUCUUACUAUUCGGAUUGGGAAAGAAAAGAGAAGAAGGCGAAGGAAAAGGAAAAGGAAAGGUGGAUUUAAAGAUUUGAUUGAAGUUUCAAGUAGUCAAAGUGGAAACUCCACACCUUCAUCCCCCCUCUCCCCGAUAACAUCUGUAACACCGAAUCGAACAUGGCCACUCCCUUCUGAUGUGGAGCAUUCUGUGGGGUCUAGAAAUCCUUUUACGCAUUUGGCCAACCAAAUCCGUGAGAAGGGUAAAGCUCCUCAUCCCAUCUCCAAAGCAAAUGUAUUGGGAGCUAAAGUUUCCAUGGAGCAUAGUAGCAGCAACUGGUAUUCUCCUGCACAAGAGCAGGUAAUACCGAGGGAAGUUGUUUCAAAACCAGUUCUCUCGCACUCCGCUACUUUUCCGAGUGCUAGUAUGCCGAGCUCCUCUUCUCCUUUGGCUUCAACAUCUGUGAUUGCUCCUUGUGCUCAAGCUCCGGGGUCCGAACUCUCUAACCAGAAAAGUUUAAAAGCAGAAAGAAAGGGUAUAAUUGGAGACGAAUAUACUUAUGAUAUUUGGGGUGACCAUUUUUCUGGACUCCAUUUGAGGGGUAGUUCAAGGGAUGAUGUUGCAGUGAAUUCCAGCAUUAUUACAGAGAAUAACUCUGAUAGUUUCUUUGUAAAGGGUCCACAAACCCUCAUGAACAAAUCUCAACCAAGUUCUAUCAAUCAAGAUGGGUGGUUCCAUUUUUCUUCGUGUGAGCAGAUGAUGAUUUUGUCAGGGAAUUCUGCGUUUUUCUACAGCGUCUUAAUCUUGGGGACUUUAUGUGGAAAGCAGAAACCAAAAGAGAAAGCCAGAACAAUGACGGUAGAAUGUGGGUUUACCUGUUCACGUGAUUGCUAUUAG